AUGGAUUCCUCUAAAUCCCCUCCCUCCCUCCGCACCUCCCUCCGCGCUGCCCUCCACCGGCGCAAAUCCAAGCAAUCCCUCCGCCGCCUAACCCUCAUCCCCGAAACCUCCACCGACUUCUCCUCCAACGACUUCCUCUCCCUCAGCACCUCCCCUCUCUUCCGCGCCCGCUACACCUCCCACCUUGCCCAAGCACCCCCCUUCUAUCCCUUCGCCAGCGGCGGCUCCCGCCUACUAACAGGAAACUCUCCCUACGCCGAAGCCCUAGAGUCCUUCAUCGCAGACUUCCACAACGCCCCCAGCGGACUGCUCUUCAACUCGGGCUUCGACGCAAACGUAGGCGUGCUCUCAUGCAUCCCUCAACCGGGGGAUAUCAUCAUACAUGAUGAGUACAUCCAUGCUAGUGCGCACGAGGGAAUGCGGUUAUCCCGCGCGGGCAAGAAGAUUCCCUUUGCGCAUAGCUGUCCCCGAAGUCUGGAAGAUGUGUUAAGGAGAGAGGUGGAGGGUGAUGAGAUGGUGAGGAACGGGAAGAAGAAUGUGUUUUUGGUGAUUGAGAGCAUUUAUAGUAUGGAUGGGGAUAUUGCGCCGAUCCGGGAGUUCGUGGAGGUGGUCGAGAGGGUGGUGACGGCUGGCAAUGCGUAUUUUGUGGUCGAUGAAGCGCAUGCAACGGGGGCAUUUGGGCCGAGGGGAGCGGGCGUGGUGCAGGAGUUGGGGGUCGAGGAGAAGAUGUUCAUCCGUGUGCAUACGUUUGGGAAGGCGUUGGCUAGUCAUGGUGCAAUCGUGCUCUGCUGUCCCGACACAAGAGAGUACCUCAUCAACUAUGCCCGCAGUCUCAUCUACACCACGGCUUUAGGGUUCCCGUUCCUGGCGUCGAUUCGCACGGCGUAUGAGCUGCUGUCCGAGGGGGAGACGGAAGUGCCGCAACGAAACCUGCAACACCUCAUCCAGUACCUGGGUAACCGUCUGGAUGGCCUUGGAUCCUGGGAUCCCGCCAUCUUCGAAGUGGACCAUUUCCCGCGCUCGCCUAUCUUCUCGCUGCGCAGUCCCGUGCCGCGCCAGCUGGCGGCCGCGUGUCAGCAAAGGGGGUUCAUGGUGCAUCCGAUCAUGUCGCCUACGGUGCCCAAGGGGAAAGAGCGGGUAAGAGUGUGUCUGCAUGCGGGGAAUACGGUCGAGGAAAUUGAUGGGCUGGUGGAGACUAUUCUCGAGUGGUUGAAUGGGCGGGAGAGUGAGAAGCGGGUGGCGAGGCUUUAG